AAAAAACUAUUAAUAAUAAAUUUAAAUUAAACCUUUAAAAAGGAUCAAUCAAUCAAUAUUUGUUGUAUCAAUUUAAAUAUAUUAAAACAUAUAAAAGAUCAAAAUGAGUAAUAAAGUUUUAAUGAUUGAUGGUGAUCGUAUUUCAGGUCAAGAUGUUAGAAAUCAAAAUGUUACUGCUGUUACAGCAAUUGCAAAUAUUGUUAAAACAUCAUUUGGACCAAUUGGUUUAGAUAAAAUGUUAGUAGAUAAUAUUGGUGAUGUUACCAUUACAAAUGAUGGUGCAACAAUUUUAAAAAUGUUAGAAGUUGAACAUCCAGCAGCAAAAGUUUUAGUUCAAUUAGCAGAUUUACAAGAUCAAGAAGUUGGUGAUGGUACAACCUCAGUAGUUAUUUUAGCAGCAGAACUCUUAAAGAGAGCCAAUGAAUUAGUUCAACGUAAAAUUCAUCCAACAGUUAUUAUUAGUGGUUAUCGUAUCGCUUGUCAAGAAGCUAUCAAAUAUAUCAAUGAAGAAUUAGCAAUAAAAGUUGAUACAUUACCAAAAGAUUUCAUUGUAAAUACAGCAAAAACUUCAAUGUCCUCAAAAACCAUUAAUGACGACAGUGAUUUCUUUUCAAAAAUGGUUGUCGAAGCCAUCAACCGUGUUAAAACUAUCGAUUACAAAGGUGACGCUAAAUAUCCAGUUAACUCUAUCAACAUUUUAAAGGCUCAUGGUAAAAGUGCUAAAGAAAGUAUUUUAGUUGAAGGUUAUGCUCUCAAUUGUACCGUCGCUGCUGAAGGUAUGCCAAAACGUGUUCAAAAUGCUAAAAUCGCCUUUUUAGAUUUCAACCUUGCCAAAACUAAAAUGAAAUUAGGUCAAAAGGUUGUCGUUACCAAUGUUAACGAUCUCGAAGCCAUUAGAGACAGAGAAAAUGAUAUCAUUAAGGAACGUAUUCAAUUAAUCAUUAAAUCUGGUGCCAAUGUUGUCCUCACAACUAAAGGUAUCGAUGAUUUAUGUUUGAAAUAUUUUGUCGAAGCUGGUUGUAUGGCCGUUCGUCGUUGUAAAAAAGAAGAUCUCAAAAGAAUCGCCAAAGCUUGUGGUGGUACUGUUCUCAUCACUUUAGCCAAUCUCGAUGGUGAAGAAUCAUUCGAUCCAACCGCUUUAGGUACCGCCGAUCAAGUUUCACAAGACCGUGUUGCUGAUGAUGAAUUAAUCGUCGUUAAAAACUCAAAUAAAAAAGCUGCUUCAAUCAUUCUUAGAGGUGCCAACAGUUUAAUGUUAGACGAAAUGGAACGUUCCAUUCACGAUUCAUUAUGUAUUGUUAAACGUGCCCUCGAAUCUGGUACCAUCGUACCAGGUGGUGGUGCUGUUGAAUCUGCCCUCUCCAUCUAUUUAGAUAAUGUUGCCGCUACUAUGGGUUCACGUAAACAAUUAGCCAUCUCUGAAUUUGCCGAAUCUCUUCUUGUUAUUCCAAAACAAUUAGCUGUUAACGCUGCUUUAGAUGCCACCGAUUUAGUCGCCAAAUUAAGAUCAUACCACCACGUCGCUCAAACUGAUAGCACUAAAAAAUCAUAUGCUCACUCUGGUUUAGAUUUAUUUGCUGGUAAAGUUAAAAACAACGUUGAAGCUGGUGUUUUAGAACCAGCCGUCGCCAAAGUUAAAUGUAUUAAAUUCGCUACCGAAGCUGCCAUUACAAUUUUAAGAAUCGAUGAUAUGAUCACUUUAACACCAAAACAAGCUCAAGGUGAUGAUCAUGCUGGCCAUGGCCAUUAAAUUAAUUCAUUUUAAUUUAAUAAUUUAAAAUUAGUUAAUUUAUUGUCAUAAAAAAAAAAAUCAUUUCUUAAUUUAUAUAUAUAUUAUACAUAUAAAAAAAAAAUAAAAAAAAAUUAAAAUAAAAAAAAUUAA